UAUUUUGACAUUCGAAGACAAAAGAUAAACCACCACCAUCAUCUUGCGAUCAUCAUUGUGUAUUGCCGGAAAAUAUAACGUUCGAAUUCCAACAGAUGAAAGCGUCACUCGCGUGAGUAAACGAUCAAAAAAAUCAGAUAUAGACAAACGUUCGAAUUUUUGUGACUAAUUUAUUAAACCACUACCCAUCAUCCACUGUGCAAAAAUGUCUAACAUUUCGGCAAAGAAAGUCUUCAUCCAGAUCGAGUCGGCGGCCGAACAACAGGAAAAUCUGAAAAAUCAAAGGAAAACCCUGAAAGUUUUACAGGGAGUAGCCACCGAUAAGGAGAACUUGACUGGACGUCCACAAAUUGACAAGCUGAGUCGCCUUAAAGCAGCCACUGAAACCACAUUGUCUGCCAGCACAGACUAUGCGAAACGCAAAAAGAUCGAGACACGAGUUGCUGAGACUCAAACGAGUCCCAAUAAAUCUUCAACCAAAGACGAAACGUCGACGUCGAAGAAGAUCACCGCCGAAGACCUAACCGGUGAGGCCAAGCCCGGUGAACAUUAUUGGGAACGUUUGGCUGAGAAACGACGCGAAGCCUUGGAACAAAGCCUCGAUGAAAAUCAGCGUCUCUAUGAACGUAUUGAAGGUUUGGAGGAGGAAUUGAAUACUUCGCGCCAGCAGCUGGAAGAGGCCAAACAUUUGGUGGCUGUUCUUUCGGAAAUGCUAAAUGAAACCGAAGGCGACGAAGAAGAAGGUGUGGAAAUUGAGGAAAAAGAUCAAACAGAAUCGAAUGAAGAUAAUUCAGAUGAUUCCAAUGAUGCGACACCCACGAAAGAGGACAAUUAGUGAGUGGUGGAUGGAUUAGCUAGCAAUAACAUAAACAAUUAUUCCACUACUUUAGUCGCUAAGUACCCACACAAAAGACUUAGAGGUUGGUGUAAAGAAAGAUUUCACACGCGACCUUCUAUAUUUCCAAACAAUUUCCUUAAUGUUUAGAAUUGAGUUUUAUGCUAUGUAUUUGAUUGAUUUUUAUAUUCAAUGUUAAAUUUCCUUUUUUUAACUAUUGUCACAAAUAGCUGGCGUUGAACUUAAGUCCAUGUUUAGCUACAACCAUACUAUUAAUGUAAGUUAGUUUUUUUUUAUUGUUUUUAUAUAAGAUAACCGAAUAUCAGUUUGUAAUCAAAAAAAUCUAUCAGUUGUCAUCAACUAUAGUCCUAAGGUAUUUGAGAAUUACGGACCAAACUUAUGUUUCUCAAUUUUGUUGCAUAUACUUGAAGAAUCACAAAUAGAUUUAAGAUUUUUUUCCCCAAUGUAACCAACGACCAUUAAUGUAUUAGACAAAAAUAAAAUCUUGUGUUAUACUACUUUACGAUCAAUUGAAACCAUUGUUAUAAAGAAACGCUAUUGAAUUUUUUUUAUCAACUAUCUUAUAGAAAUAUUUUAAUAAAUUAAUUGUAUUAACGAA